ACUCGUAGUCCUCAAGUGACGUGUUCAAUCCUUAAUUAAGUACAGUGAACUGCCAUACGACUAAUUAUUUCUUAGCGAUUGACAAUUGGAUGAGAUAGGUCCGUUUGUCAAAACUCAUUUCGUGUAACGUUUUUAUAACAUAUUGCAUGUGAACAAGCUGUCUACGAGAUACUAUCUCAUCAACAGAUUGCUCAAGUGUAUGUUCUAUUCUACUAACAGUUAAUUUCUUCCGUUACCAAUGCAGAAGUAUACAGACUUGGUUGGUGGUAUUUCAAAUUCAGUAAAACCACCUAACAUGAUGCAGCCGGCAAUGGCCUCAAAUUCACAAGCGUGCCAAAUGGGCAAUGUUCCUCUAAGCCAUCCGCAGAUUCAGCAUAGAACUGCCGGUAAUCAUUCGCCGACUUUGAUGCAAACAGGUUCAUCUAUUGAGCUGACUCCUCAACUCGAACAAGGGUCUGAUAAACGUGCGGUGAAAAGAGAGCCAGCGCAAACUCCAUCCAUGGUACAAGUACACGGCGAGAGUCCAAACAAUCCGUCCACAUCACCAAUGGAGCCAUCGACACACGAAAAUACGCCGAAGCGCAAAAAGAGGCGAAAUCGUACGACAUUUACGUCCUAUCAACUCGAAGAAAUGGAAGGAGUGUUUCAAAAGACCCAUUAUCCCGAUGUUUAUACCCGAGAGCAACUGGCUUUGAGAACAGAUCUGACCGAAGCGCGAGUACAGGUUUGGUUUCAAAACCGACGAGCAAAAUGGCGAAAACGUGAACGAUUCCCCCAAAUUCCUGUUCGACCCCCUUGUGUACCAGGUUCACCUCAUGUGUACCGUGAUGCUCCCUCAUAUGCUAACCCAAAUCCUGGUCACUGGCCUUCAACAACGGCUAUGACAAGACCACCGCAAAAGUCCCCGAUGGCUCCAUACAAUCCGCAAAUAUCCCCAGUGCUUAAUCCUAACCGAGGGGUUAUCAGAUCACCAACAUCAAACUCUCCCCAGGCGUUUAAUGCCACAAACAUCCAGGGUAGUCCAGUUGCUCACGUGAUCACAAUGUCGACACCGUUGACGUCAUACAUGUCCGCCAGCCGGGGGGUGAUAUCAAGUCAGGCUGGUCAUCAUCCGGGUAUGAUGAAUAAUAAUAUGGCAGCAUUGAGUCAUAAGCCUCCACAUUCACAGCAGAUCAAUACUUCACAGCCGCUCUCUCAUGCGCCAAGCGGAACAAUCAUUAAUGGUGGCCAUGGGCAGAUCAUGCAGGGUCCAGUUCAUAAUCAGGGUAUGGAUGGUAACCCGGACAUCGAUAGGAAGAGUCCCGGAUUGAAAACAUUACGUAUGAAAGCAAAGGAACAUUCUGUUGCCAUGGGAAUGGUUAGAAAUUAUCAGCCAUGCUGAAUUAUCGUUAUGGUGAAAACUUUAGUUGAGCUGAAUUACUUGAAGGGGUAUUCAUAUGGAAAAUCCCAGGGGGACUUUACGCUGCAAUUUUGAUGGAAAAGAAAAUUUCUAAACUACUUUAAUACUAAAUUUCGGUCGAAAUUUAAUACCUAAUCCCUAAUAUAAUAGAGUGGAAUUUGAACAAAUGCCUAAGACUCGACGAGUCCCACCCAAAUACACCAAAAGUCGAUGUUAACCAUUCGCAUGAAUUACAAUUGCUUUAAAGACACUGUAAAACAUUUUACAUACUCAUACGAUUAUUUGUC